CCUGUGCUCUGGGUGCUUUAGGCAGGGGACCCGCAGCAACAGGAGCUAAGGAUUGUGGUCAGCUCCUGAACGCGUCAUGACGGUGAGGGGAUUGGACUGAUUCGGACCUGCGUGCUUCUGCGGAACAGCAGGACUGCUUCUCUGAGCGGAACUCCACCUGAGUUCUGCUCGCGUUCCGGGCGGAGCAGCUGCCGCCUGCCUGGAAGCCACAUGGACCGUUCCCGCGGCAGAGCGCGCUGCUAGCGGCUGGAAGGAGAACCGCGAGGCUGUGCAGACACCGAACCCGAGCUCCACGCGCCGCGUCAUGCGCACAGACCACCUCGGUUGAGGAUCCUCGUCGGGCUGAAGCAUGUUCCUGACCUUCCUCCUCAGCUUCAUCGUUCCUCCGGUAUGGAGCGUUCACGUGUCGUGGGAAAACUGGACGUCCGCGCUGCGCAACGGAGGGGGUGAGUUCGAGCCGCCGACCUCCCAGCCGCACAUCGUCUUCAUCCUGGUGGAUGAUCAGGGCUUCCGGGAUGUUGGAUACCACGGCUCCGAGAUCAAAACUCCGAACUUGGACCGGCUGGCCGCACAGGGAGUGAAGCUGGAGAAUUACUACGUGCAGCCGCUCUGCAGCCCGUCCAGGAGCCAACUGAUGACCGGCAGGUAUCAGAUCCACACAGGCCUGCAACAUUCUAUCAUUCGAGCCACCCAGCCCAACUGCCUGCCUUUGGAGAAUAUCACUCUCCCCCAGAAGCUCAAAGAAGCAGGCUACUCCACCCACAUGGUGGGGAAGUGGCACCUGGGCUUUUACAAACGUGGCUGCCUUCCCACCCAACGAGGUUUCGACACUUUCUUUGGAUCCCUGCUUGGAAGCGGCGAUUACUACAGUCAUUACAAAUGCGAAGGCCCCGGCAUGUGCGGCUAUGAUCUGUACGAAGGGGAGGAGGCGGCUUGGGAACAGGACCGCGGUUUGUACUCUACCGUGAUGUUCACUCGAAAGGCUGUCGGCAUCUUGGCCAAUCACGAUCCUCACAAGCAACCCUUAUUCCUUUACCUGGCCUACCAGGCGGUUCAUUCCCCUCUGCAAGUUCCUGCUCGCUAUCUGGAGCGCUACAAGGGAAUCCCAAACCCAUAUCGCCGAAAAUAUGCUGCCAUGGUUUCCUGUCUCGAUGAAGCCAUUCACAACCUGACCUUAGCCCUGAAACACUUUGGUUACUAUGACAACACAGUUAUAGUGUACUCCACAGACAAUGGGGGCCAGCCAUUGGCCGGUGGAAGUAACUGGCCCUUGAGGGGGAGUAAAGCCACCUACUGGGAGGGGGGCAUCAGGGGAGUAGGUUUUGUUCACAGUCCCCUGUUAGUCAAAAAAGGGUCAAAAUGUCAAACUUUGGUCCACAUAACGGACUGGUUUCCGACUCUGGUGACUCUGGGCGGAGGCACCUUAGAUGAAGAUCAAAACCUAGAUGGAUACGACGUUUGGGAGGCUAUUAGCGAAGGUCGUCCAUCACCUCGCCUAGACAUUUUACAUAACAUCGACCCAAUUUACAUUAAAGCCAAGAAUGGCUCUUGGAAGGCAGGAUAUGGAUUGUGGAACACCGCUGUCCAAGCUGCGCUCCGAGUUGGCCACUGGAAGCUACUGACGGGUGUGCCAGGCUACAGUGACUGGGUCCCACCACAGACGUUCUCCAACCAACGACUAACCACUCGUCACCAUAAUGAACGUGUGCGUUGGGACAGGGGUAAAUCCAUCUGGCUGUUCAACAUCACAGCUGAUCCUUAUGAGCGAGUAGACUUGUCUCAACAAUACCCACACAUAGUAAAGAAGAUGCUGAUGCGGCUGGUGCAGUUCAACAAGACCGCUGUGCCAGUGCGCUACCCUGCAAAGGACCUGCGCUCCAACCCGCAGUACAAUGGAGGAGUAUGGGGACCUUGGUACAAGGAUGAGAAGCAGGAGCAGGAUGAGGAGGAGAGAUAUAAUAACUUCUUUACAAACCAUCUUGGUAAAAGAAGGUGGAAAAAUAAAUCAAGGAAUAUAAAGUUAAAACGCAAAGCAGAACAUUACCUUAAAUGAUUCAUGAAGAAACCUCAGACUGCCUUUACUCAGGUAUUAACACUUUUGCUUUAGGACAUUUUAACUUCAGGCUGUCUGAAUUGGACUCGACGAAACACUACGGUGAGAAAGGGUUUGCAGAUUUCUUCUGUUUUUGCUUUUUUUCUGACUUAAAAGUUUCAGAUCAAACAUUUUAAUACCACACAGAAAUAACUUGAUUAAAUAGAAUAGGCAAUUUUCAAAUGAUUUUUUAAUUUAAGAGUUUAAGCUAACCAAACCUGACUAAAGCUAUGUUCCCAUGAUGAUUUUUUUAUGCAGUUUGAAAUAUUGCAUUAGAAAAGGUUGAUGGAAAUGGCAACAUUUUUAAUAAUUUUCUCAAUUUCAGAAAAACGUUUUUUUUUUGUUUUUUUUUGCUGCACAUGGUUUUUGGCCUUUCCAAAAAAG